AUGCAUAAUACCGAAAACAAAAAAAUGAAUAUGAAAUUUAAAUUAAAUUAUGGAGAUAAAAAAAAUGUUAUCAAUUUAAAUUUACGAAAAGAUAACGAAAACGAGACAACUACUACACAAAAAUCAAGUGCUAUUAGUAGUAGUGGAAACAGACAAACUAGCAAUAAUACUAGUGGGAGCCAGGUUGGUAAUCGAAGUACAGUGGAAAAAAUUAAUUUUAAAAAUUCAACAAAAAAUAUAAAAAUAAAUUUGGCUAGCUCAAGCCUUAAUAAAAAUAAUAUUAACACACAACGAAAUAAUAUUAUUAACGAGUCAUAUUUUUUAAAAAAUGAUAAUAAUUUAAACUCAAAUUUAAAUGGUGUAAAUAAUGGGAAUGUUAUAAGUAUUGGUAAUAGUCCAAGUAAUGUUAGCAACAUAAAUAGCGGAAAUAAUACUGAACAUCAUUCUUUUUUUAGUUCUAAUAUAAAUAAUUAUAAAAGUAAAAUAAAUGGUAAAACUGAUAUGUAUACAUUUGAGAAAUCAAGUAUUAACGAUAAUAUAAGUAUUAAUGAUGGAUUAAGUAGUAUUUUACAUAAUGGGGAAAAUAUGAAUACGAGUGAUAUAUUAUAUAAUAAUAGUGGAAAUAUUAUUAAUAGUCAAAGUAAUAGUAAUGUUAGUUUACUUUUAAAAAAUAGUAAACAAAUACCAUCAAACAAUUUAAAAAUUUAUUAUAAAAAUGAAUUAAUACCAUAUUCUUUUCUAUAUCAUAAAAUAUUAACCAUAUUAAAAUCACAUUAUAACAAUCAUAUUAGUAAUAAUUCAAAUGUUGCAAAUAAGGGUAUAUCUUUUUUUCAUGUAGAAAACAUGCUAAUUAAUUUUGGAUUUAAAGGUGUAGAUAUAAACAACAAUUCUUUGUUAAGUUAUUUAGCUUCAUCAAAACAAAUCAAAAUAGAUUUAAAUGAAAAAAGAAUUUGUUAUAUAAACCCGUAUACAGAUAUUACAAAUAUAACAGCACUAUUAAAUAAAAUUAAUAAACAUGGUUUUUUAUAUGGUUAUGAAAUUAACGAUGAUUUAAUUAAUACAAAUAAAGAAAUAUACAAAUGGGUAAAUACAUUAUUAUAUGAAAAAAAAAUACGUUGCAUACGAUCAAACAAUAGUCAUUUAAGAGGGAAAUUAAAAUGCAAAAAUUUACCAACCUUUUGUGAUAUAUAUUCAAAAAGUAAAUGUGAUAAUUGCUUUUAUAAUUUAAAAGGAUAUAUAUUUUUCCCCCUUUCAUAUCAACAUAUAGAAAAUGAAAGGUAUUCAAUUACAAAUGAUAUCAAAAAUUUAUGGGAUAAUAUUACCCUUCCAAAUUUAGAUAACAUUUUAAAAGAGUAUAAAUUAAAAUCUACAAACAAAAUAUUUUCAAAUGACAAUGCUCCAAAGCGAAAAAAUAAAGAUGAUAAAUUUACACCAAUCAUUAAAAAAAUGAAACGAAUAUAUAAUACUCAUUUAUUCACAGCUGAUGAAAUUAAAAAUGAAUUUAUCCAAAAAAAAUGA